CAAGUGAACUAGUUUAUAGAAAUGUACGUCGGUUAGGUAUACGGUUUUGCUGACCCCAGCGCGGGAAUAUUUCCAAAAAAAAUAAAUCCGAAGUGAAUAUCGGCGACAGUUGAAUUGUCCUUCGCGGACAGCUGAUCUAGUUGUGGGGCUCACAUUUUAUUUUUCAGUGCCAUCUUCUCCCGAAAGCCACUCAGGAAUACCAGUUGUAUCAACUCAUCAACUUCUGCAAUAACGAAAAAAUUUUUUACCCGUGACCCCGUUAAAAGUGCAUCUCAAAUCAAGCCUUUUUGUCGGACACUGCGCAUUCUAAGGAAUAUGUGUUCUAUGUGAAUUAACUCAUUCCGAGGAGGUGUCGUUGUGGAACGUCUUUUCGCCGUUGCGAUGGUGCGAUGAUGGCCCAGGAGCAGUGACUGUUAGACUCUGCCUGACUGCACACAGCAGCACUGAGGACUCAGCAUGGACCCCACAACUCUGCUCAUCUGCAGCCUCCUACUGCUGCCUCUGAUCUCCACUCAGCCAUCAGAGAAUUCCUACUGUGUCAUCAAACGGGAGCAAGAGAAAUGCAUGGAGAAAAUAGCCCAGGAUGACCCGGCCAGCGACCCGGAGUUCGGCUGCCCGUGGAUGUGGGACAACCUGACGUGCUGGCAGCCGGCGGCCGUCGGCGACGUCGUCAUGGUGAACUGCCCCGAACUCUUCAGGGUCAUGAGCCAGGAGGUGGAGGAGCUGGGGAGGAUCGGCCGUAACUGCACAGAGGACGGGUGGUCGGACACCUUCCCUCACUACGUCGACGCCUGUCUCUUCGACGGCAACGGCACCAAGCCAGACAUGUACUACGUCUCGGUUAAGGCCCUCUACACUGUGGGGUACAGCACAUCCCUGGUCUCCCUGACGACCGCCAUGGUCAUCCUGUGCAGGUUCAGGAAGCUCCACUGUACCCGGAACUUCAUCCACAUGAACCUGUUUGUGUCCUUCAUCCUGAGAGCCAUCUCCGUCUUCAUCAAGGACGGGGUUCUGUACGCCGAGGAGGACAGCAACCACUGCUUCCUGCACACUGUGGAGUGCAGGGCGGUGAUGGUGUUCUUCCACUACUGCGUCAUGUCCAACUACUUCUGGCUCUUCAUCGAGGGGCUGUACCUCUUCACCCUAUUGGUGGAGACCUUCUUCCCGGAGAGGCGGUACUUCUACUGGUACACCAUCAUUGGCUGGGGGACUCCUACAGUGUGUGUGACUAUCUGGGCGGUCCUUAGACUGCACUUUGAUGAUAUCGGCUGCUGGGACAUGAAUGACAGCGCUGCCAUCUGGUGGGUCAUUAAGGGACCGGUGGUGGCGUCAAUCAUGAUAAACUUUGUGCUCUUCAUCGGCAUCAUCAUCAUCCUCGUUCAGAAGCUGCAGUCCCCAGAUAUUGGCGGCAAUGAAUCCAGCAUUUACCUGAGGCUGGCCCGCUCCACGCUGCUGCUCAUCCCGCUGUUCGGGAUCCACUACACCGUCUUCGCCUUCUCCCCCGAGGAUGUCAGCCAGAGGGAGAGGCUGGUGUUCGAGCUGGGCCUGGGAUCCUUCCAGGGGUUCGUGGUCGCCGUCCUGUACUGCUUCCUGAACGGAGAGGUGCAGUCGGAGAUAAAGAGGAAAUGGCGGAGCUGGACUGUCAACCGGUACUUUGCGGUGGACCUGAAGCACCGGCACCCGUCCCUGGCCAGCAGCGGGGUGAACGGGGGCACGCAGCUGUCCAUCCUGAGCAAGAGCAGCUCCCAGAUCCGCAUGUCCGGCCUGCAGGCCGAGAGCCCGGCGACCUGA